AUGGAGUUUGCCAUGCCCCUUGAAGAGCGUCUGUCGCUCCGCCAAGAACUCAUAGACUCAAACGACAAAUUCAUCCUCGACCUUCCGAAAGUUGAACUCCACGUCCAUAUCGAAGGCACUCUGACCCCCGAACUUCGCUGGAAGCUCGCCAAGCGCAAUAAUCAGACUCUGAAGCUCGAGCGCACUGGAACCGUGUACACCAAUCUUGAGCAGCUUAGAGCCUCGUACUACAUCAUGGAGGCCCGUCCAGGUCAUCAGAUUGACAACGCGGAGGAGAGUUUCACUUUCUUCGAGGCUUACUAUGGAGGAUUUGAAGUUCUUGUUACUGAAGAGGACUUUUACGAUCUUGCCAUGAAUUACUUUGAGCAUGUUGCGGGUAUGAAUGUGCGGUACUGUGAGCCAUUCUUUGAUCCGCAGGGCCAUACGCGCCGUGGCGUGGCGUUCAAGACUGUGAUGGAAGGCUUCCGUCGCGCACAGGAGGAAGCCGAGAAGAGACUGAACGUCAAGUCAAAGUGGAUCAUGUGCUUUCUGCGUGACAUGUCACCAGAGUCAGCCUUGGAGACCUACGAGACUGUUCUUCCAUACCGCGAUAUGGUCGUCGGAAUCGGUCUUGACUCAGAUGAAAACGAUCGCCCUCCUCUAAUGUUCGAAGAAGUAUAUAGAAAAGCCAGGAAGGACGGCUUCCGCAUCACUGCCCACUGCGACGUUGGCAACAAAGACGCUCAUAAACACAUUAGCCAAGUUGUCAAUGACCUUGGUGAAACUGGCGCCAACCGUCUAGACCACGGCAUCAACGCAGCACAAGACCCUGGAAUCAUGCGCCGCAUCAAAGAAAGAGGCAUCGGAAUGACACUCACGCCAUGGGGAUAUCUUCGCCACGAGCCAGUUGACGAGAUCUUCCCCAGAAUUCGAACCUUGUUCGACGCCGGUAUUCCGAUUGCUAUUGGAAGCGAUGAUCCAGCUUAUAUGGAAGAUACAUGGAUCUUGCAUGACUGGCUUCUUGUUAAGAAGAUGUGCGGAUUUAGUAACAGUGACAUGGGGGCUUUGGCCAGUAGUGCUAUUGAUAUGUGCUGGGCUGAGGAUGUGGUGAAGGAGGAGAUGGCAAGGGAGCUUGAGGAAGUUCUGGCGAAGCACUCAAUAUGA